CCGCGAGUAGCCGAGGUGGCCGCAAGCUCCAGGCGGGCCCGCGGGAGCGCCGCCGCCCGCCGCCCCUGGCUCCCGGCCCCGCCUCCCGCGGACGCUGAUCCCCUCGCUGGCUUCCCCGGGGGCCCACAGCGAGCCCCUCGGUCUUACCCUCGGCCCACCCCUCGUCUCACGGGGCUCUGGGCCACUCCACGCUAGGACCCGCGCGGGACCGCGCAGGGAGGGCCCGCGGCGGCGUCUGCCCCGCACUGCGCUUUGCCUCCGGGACGAGCCUCUGCGGCCCUAAAAGGCUAGCGGUGGUGCGUGCGCCGGACGCAGGUGAUGUGGCAGAGCGCUGGGGACUGCUCUGCUCCGCACUGGUCCACCCAGUUCCUCCGAGGGAGGCAGGUUUUGGGUCUCUAGCCGGAAGUAAUCCCAAAGAAGAAAAUCACCAUGUCUUCUUGCCGAGUGGGGCUCCGUUUGGCUGCCUGUUUGUUAAACAUUUCAGAAGCCAGAAAAAAGUACAUUGUUGAGAACAUAGCGAAAGCUGCUCUUCUUGAAAGAAAUGGACAGAGACAUCCUGAAGUAUCAGUGCUCAAUAUAUUUUCUGAUCCGGAGUAUAAUAGAUCAGUUAUUACAAUAGCAGCUUCUAUUGAGGAGAUAGGCAAUUCCGUUCUGGCUGCCUGCUUGGAAGCCUUCCAGUCUAUCGAUAUGGAGGUUCAGGAGGGGAUCCAUCCUUGCCUGGGAGCAGUGGACCUGAUUCCCAUUUACCCUCUCUCUGGUGUCGGAGUGGAAGAGUGUGGCGCUGUGGCCAGAAGCCUCGCUGAGAAUCUGGUCCUGAGUAUUCCUGGCUGCAGCGUGUUUCUCUUUGGUGAGGCUGACCUGCCCGAGAAGCGCCCCCUUGUCCAGAGAAGGAAGCAGCUGGGCUGGUUCACAAGGAGGGAUUUCAGCACUCUUAAGCCUGACCUGGGAGCUGCACCUGCCAGAAGAUGUGGUUUGACGGGCAUCGGCGCUAGCCCAUAUGUGAUGAACUGCAAUGUUACCAUAGAUUCUCAAGACUUGGCUCUGGGAAAAGAAAUUGCUAGUGCCAUUCGGGGCUCAAAUGUGAAUGGACUGAAGGGCGUCCAAACAAUGGCUUUUCCUCAUGAAGGGAAAAUUGAGAUAGCUUGCAAUGUAGAGAGUUUUGAAGAUCAAGAAGUUACAGAAACCUCCGAAGGCUCUCAAUACAUGGCUUACAGUGUCCUUGGGGACCAUUUUUAUUAUGUAUCUCCUCAUUACAUAGAAGCUCAAGUUAAAAAAUUGGCAAGUGAUCGAGGAAUCGGUACGAUAGGGAGAGCAUUAAUUGGAUUUACACCCCAAGAGUGCAAGAGCUGUGCUGAGUAUGCAAUAAAAGAAAGCAUUGGGGAGUUCUGGAAGACACGUGGAGGUGUUUUCAUGUGAUCCAAUCUAAGGUUUCACUGAAAUUGUAAGAAAAAAAUAUCAGCCAUUGCAAACUUUUCUUAUCGGCCUGUGAAGACAAGGAGAAGAUCCAAGAGCUUGGUUCCAGGUGUGAAUUGGAAAACUAGAAGCAUUCUCUGUCCAACGACAGCAACAGGUGUUUAUAGAUUGUAAUUGCUUUAUGAUAUUUCUAGUCAUCAUUGAAACUUUGUGAAAUCUUCCUCUGUAUCAAGUUCAUGCACUUGGGUGUACUAGAAGCCCCCCUGAAUGAGCUGGAUAAAAUGGCCAUCGUUACUCAAUCAUCUUUGAUUAUCGUGAACUCAACUAAAAACAGACUCCAUUUGUUUGGUGUUCCUGAGCUCUUUAUUCCAGAGUCCUGUAUCCAACUCUCAUUUUUUGAGUCAUCAUUUUUUUUAAUGUGCACUUUUAAAAAAUCAAGUACUAAGUAACUAAAAAAUGGGGAGAAUUAUAAACUAAAAUUAUCAAAUAAAAGACUAAUCAUAUUCUUUUAUUCUUUCUUGUCUUGUUUAGGAUGACCUACUAUUCAUUCUGGAGAUAAUUCCAAAAGCCAGACUUGUCUAAUUUUUUUAUGUUUGUGUGGGGAAGUGGAAUGGUGGUGUUGGGCAUGACUUCAAGGGAUUAUAUUUAUCCUUUUUGGAAUUUAAAUGGAAGUCUGAAGGUUUAGGGAAUUUAUUACUCUUGAGUGAAGUGAAGGGUAUUGGUGGAAGAAUUGUGUUUGAAAGAAAUCAAAAUAUGUUGCCUCUUUGUGAACUAAAAGAAGCCACUUGCUAAUUCUGGCAAUUUUAUGUAAAUCCUUAGUGCUUAUGUUUUUUAGUACAAGGCAUUUUUCUGUCCAUAAAACACAAAGAAAUAAAUUUUUCCAUAGAUUUUGUCUAGCAAAUAAAUUGUGGUUUUGGCUAAUAAGAGCACAUAAUGUGAAUUUAAGUAAUUAAAAAUAAAAGAGGUUGAACUCAGUCUUUUUAUAGGAUCCAGGGCAUGCAUGCAUUCUCAGUUGCAUCCAAUUCUUUGAGACCCCAUGGACUCUAGCCUACCACACACCUCUGUCCAUGGGAUUUUAGAGGCAAUAAUACUGGAGUGGGUUGCCAUUUCCUCCUGCAGGGGAUCUUCCUGACCCAAGGAUCAAACCCAGGUCUCUUGUGUCUCCCGCAUUGGCAGGCAGAUUCUUUAUCACUGAGCCGCCUGGGACACCCAUAGGAUCUGGUCAUCUAUCCAGUCUGUGUAUUGGCCGCACCAGGUCUUCCAUUGCAAUGCGGGGCUCUUCGUUGCGGUGCAUAGGCUUCCUCUAGUUGCAACAUGUCAGCUUCUCCUGUUGCAGCGCAUGGGCUUAGUCCCCCUACUAGAGAUCAAAACCGCAUCCCCUGCAUUGGAGGGCAGAUUCUAAAACCACUGGACCACCAGGGAAGUCUGUAUCCUAACAUAUUUUUUUGACUUACAUUUGACUCUUGACUGCAACUGCAUUAAUUUUGUUUCAGAAUUAUGUAUACUUUUUGGGUGUUUUCUUUUUGCCGUCAAUAUAAAUACAAGAAAGAUGGAGUAAUGAUGAACCAUGUGUGGUUUUCAGAUGCAAGGAAGUUUAGCUGCUGUGGUGAAAAGAGCAGAUGCUCUCCAGUUAGACCCAGUGGAUCUGGGAGAGCUGUGAAGUAGUCAUGCCUUGCUUUUCUCUUGCUUUGGCAGAGGCCAUGUGGCCUAGUAGGACAAGCCCUGGACAGCAGAUUCUGGCUUGGGUUCUGGCCCUUGUUAUCUUUCAUGGAGCUAUAGUUUAAUUACCUGUAAAAUAGGGAAAAGAGUUUCCACCCAGAUCAUGUUCUGGGGAAUUAAAUGGAAGUACUUUGUAAGCUGUAAGGUGAAAAUGAAAUAUUAGCACUCUUUCCAGAUCUCACCUGGAGCUCUGCUUCACUUCUGGUCAUCAACGUUGAGUAGAUGGGACUUCCCUGGUGGCUCAGAUGGUGAAGAGUCCACCCUCAAUGCAGGAGACCAGGGCUGAUCCCUGGGUGGGGAAGAUGCCUUAGAGAAGGGAAUGGCUCACUCCAGUACUGCUGCCUGGAGAAUUCCAUGGACAGAGGAGCCUGGUGGGCCAUACACCAUAGGGUCGCACAGAGUCGGACAUGACUGAACGACUGACACUCUCGUUAAGCGGGUGAUUGAGAGUAAAAACACAGGAUGUCACUGUGUCAUUUGGGGAUGUAGUAGCAGUUGAUUCAUUUGCCAUUUCCCUUCUUAACUUCUCCAGAUUCAUAUCACUGUAGUCCAGACUGCUGGUUUUGAGCAAGGCUUAUUUAUAACCAAACAUCUAUUUAAUGGGUGUAUAGAGUUUCAGUUCUUGAAGGCCAAAAAAAAGCAAAAUUCUGGAGAUGGAUAGUUAUGAUGAUUGUAUAGUAAUAUAAAUACUUAAUGCCAUUGAACUACACACUUAAAAUGGUAAAUGUUGUGUGUAUUUUACUACAAUUAAUUAUUGAAAAUUAUAUAUUAAUUUCCUGAAAGUUUAAAACAAAAUCUGAAUAAGGUAAUUUCACUAACUCCACACUUCCUAAAUAAAAUUUUAUCAAAUUUCUAAUAUCCAUUAAAGUAUACAAGCACAUAAGACCUGUUUUUCCCUUUUUCAUCUAUUAUGAUGAACUCAAGUACUACAUAUGAGACUUAGUUCAUUGGUUUAAAAUAGAGUUGAUUAAAUUUGACCUAUGAUACAGCUAUCCAUUUAAAAUAAUAAUUUACCAUUUUUGGUAUAAAUAAUUUUCAAAACCAGGACAAUUUUACUCCUUACCUCUUGUUCAUAUUUUAAUCCCCCUGUUUUUUCUGUUGUCUUUCUGUCUUCCCUUUGUUUCUUGCCCCACCACGUUUCUCCAGAAAAUCUGAAGCAGUUGUAAGUUGCUGAAGGUUUAUCCUAGGGACAGACGUGGUAUCAUCAGUUCUUUCUAUGUGUGAGCUGACAGAAGCAGCUGGGUUGAUCUAUAAUGAUAAGGAUUAUCAAACUGGGUUGAGAAAAUCUGACCAAACUACAAAUACACAAACUAACAAAUAGGCUAAUUCAUAUUAACCUUUUCUCAUAUUGCUCUCUUACAAGCAGACCAACACUUUGUGCUAAUGUUCUGCAGUACCUUGUCCAUUGGACCCUAAAGUGGACAUUGUACGGCAUGUGGCUUCAUAGCUUGUUUAACCGCCAUCUCCUGCCAGAUGACUUUGCCCAUGACUUGUGCCAGUUGUAAAUGGGACAGAAUUGAUGUGGACAAAUAGAGUUUACGUUUUAUUAACUCUUCAGUGUUUUUGCUCUACCCCACUUUCCACUUCAACUUUUAGUUUGUUAGAAGAGGGAUAAGGAAAGCAAAAAGCUAGUCUAUGAGGGUGAUAAGGGCUUUUGUUGGUGGUGGUGAGAGGGGAUGUUAUUUAUUUCCAUCCUGAAAUUGGGCUUGACUCCACGAUGUUAAAAUGUCUUUAACGUAAGGGGGAGGGGCGGGCUAAGUGAAACAGAACUGUAAAAUAAAGUAAAAUGGGGGGUGAUAUUUUCAUUCCUCAACAUAAUGAAAAGCCUUGCUCUGUAAUUGGUUUGUACUGUCUUGGAAGUGGCGUCCGUGGACCACAAAGGACCACUCUAUGAGAGAUCUGCAAGGAAUUUAUCAUUCCCUCUGGCUGAGCCAAAGCAGGCUUGAUAUCCAGUUUUGUUUAGUAUAAAUAUUCUCAUGUUACCGUUUACUUUGUGGGGAUGUGAGGAUCUCACUGACAGGGUACGUGCUCCACCGCCUCGCUUUUAAAAGGCAUUUAUUUGACUCUGUUGUUUGUACUUGCCCAGAAACUUCAGAGAAUGGCUCAGGAACUUGUUUGAUAAGCAUCCAGACCAUGCUCCCGGAGUAUGUCGCGCUUGGGGGUUAGAAAAGCUUAUUGUUUUAAGCAGGCCCGCACACGGCUUCGCAGGAGCCCAUUUUUCAUAGGUAAGAACGUUUAGGACGCUAACAGCAAUCUCAGAGAGCGCUCCCCUAAGGCACGUGGAAGGGUCCUGGUGAGUGUGGCUGGGGCUGAACUCAGCCUGAUGUUGGUUUACUCUGUCACUUCUUUGCCCUAUUUGCAGUAUUUUGGGGCAAAUUAGUUUACUGUGAGUUAAGAUAUGCAUCAGAGACCUAACUACGCGAUGCGUUUCUCUUUUUAAAGGUGUGUGUAUGGUUCAGCUGUUGUCUCAGCCCACACCGACCCUUCCCUGCACUGCGUGUGUUGCCGGGACGCUGCACAGCGCCUUUCUUCUCUGCUCGCUGGUUCCCCGGAGGCUCUGCCUGUAUGGGGGAGCCAGGCGCGAGGCUGCGGGUCUAAAGAAGGACAGGGGCUUGCUCUUGCUGCUUCCCUCCGGCUUCUGGCAGCCCCACCACAGCAGUGGCCCUUGACCGGAUACAAUGGCUCUUAGUUCCAGGCUCUAGCCUUUUUUCUUGGUACUUUAGGAACUGGCCUCAUCAGGCCCCUCAGAAGUCCCAUCAGUGGCUGAGCCCCGGCUCCUCUGCAAGGCCUCUCUAAGCUUCUAGGCUCCGAGAACACUGCCUCCUCCCAUUGUUCCUCCAGCCUCAGGGCCUGGUGCUUCCUGCAGUUACUUAGGUCCCUGGUACCAGGUUUCUCUCUUAGCCCUUUUAGUUCUCCAACAACUGUUGACCAAAUUUUCAGUGUCAUUUCUUUGGAAAUACUUAGUGUGAUUUCUGUCUUCCUGACUGGAUCUUGUCAGAAACAAACUAUCAACAGACCAAAUGGAAGGAAAGGAGAAGGCAGAAAAUAUUCAGUGUGGAUCUGUAGUUCCUAAUGAAAGCAGCUUGUUGAUGAUCACUCGCCUUCUCAUCCGCAUUGUAUCCUCUGAAUUUCCUCGUUUUCUUGUUGUCACAUUCUGUGAUUCCUUUGACAGUCUUGCUUUUCAUUCGGCUAAUGGGAAGCCGCGUAUUGAAUUGGGGUAAGGAUGGGAAAUAUGGUAAAUCACUGGAUGGAGUUUUCCAGUGAAUGUCUUUCUUAUAGUAGCUUAUUGCACCAUUAAAAAUGUAGACUAAUAUAAUUUAAAGAAUUAAAGUCUUUUCAAUGUUUUAAUAGGGCAUGUCUUUCCUCUCCUUCACCUGCCAGGUAGAUGAUGGUUUUUAGCUGGUGGUAGGCGCCCAGCCAAACAUCUUUCUCAAAUCUUCUGUGCACCAUCCUACUGACUUUUUCUUAGGAAAUCCCAUACGCAACUAGUCACUGUUUCCUAACUUCUUAGGUACCUCUGUCUUCAUGAAACCAACUGCUCUGGAGAAAGUAAUCACUAUGAUUGAUGUAGUCUGGAAAUGACCUAUUGUUAUAAAAGUAUAAUGUUUCUAGUAAGUAUAAAGAAUUUUUAGUUUGAUAAGUAUUAGUCUCUGUCUGCCCUAAAAUAAUGUUUAAUAGUUCAGCUUCCUGUGUAUCCACUCCACUGUUUCGUAAGGAUAAAAGCAAGACGAAAGAGCGAGAUGCAGGAAAGAAGUCUUCAGUGAACUCUUUUCACAUCGUUAAUUGUGGCUCUCUUUCACUGAAUUCCAACUAAGUGUCAAGUACCAUCAUGCGGUUUUUCCCAACAACCCUUUGGAGUAGAGGACUGUAAAGAAAUAAAAUCCCCAAAUUCUUUUUAGCCCGCCCAGUCAAUCAGGAGCCUCCUCCCACCAUAAUCCCUAUUCUAUAGGUUUAUGCCACCACUCUAACCCUAAACAGUGCCCCUGGACCCAGAUCGUCAGGACUUCAGGCCUCUCUGUCCUACGCCUGGCCAGCUUUUGUGUCUAGUUUCAGAAACUGUAUAUCCAGUUGGUUGAGCUUCCCCUUCCAUGGCAGUUUCAUAACUGGGAUGGCCCACCUCAAAAUCCUGAAACUUCUAGACCUUAGACUGCUCUCCAGUGCCUCUGUACUCUUUUCUCAUUUAAAAUUUCUUCCAGAUCUGUGUUUUACAUGGUCAUGGUCUAUGGAGUUCUUGCCCGUUUAUUCCUUCCUCUUCCUGGAAGAUCCACCAGCAUCUGGUCUCGUUGUUUCCUCCCCUAGACCGGCUUUGCCUCCUCUGAAGGACUGAUCCAGUGCUGCUGCUACGCACAAGCCUGCCUCACCAACUGAGGAGGUAGAGGAUGAAUCUCCAUAUUCCCAGGUUUUUCCCGGAUGAAUUUCCAUGGCUUGAGCCACAAAACUUGCUAGAGUUAAUGGGGAGAUUCCUGGCAUCAUUCCCACUGUCCUGAAAGAGCCAAGAUGGCCAUAGGACCCAGGGUGAUCCACGCUGUGCUGGCCUGUGCUUAGUCUGGUCGUGUCCAGCUCUUUGUGACCCCGUGGACCGCAGCCUGCCAGCAUCGUCUGUCCAUGGGGAUUCUCCAGGCUAGAAUACUGGAGUGGGUUGCCAUGCCCUCUUUCAGGGGAUCUUCCCGACCCAGGGAUUGAACCGGGCUCUCCUGCGUUGCAGGCAGAUUCUUUAACAGCUGAGCUAUCAGGGGAGCCCAGGGUGGUCCCCAUCGAUAUUUAAAUCAGGGAGGAAAAUUGCCACCAGAUGGUGCCAAAACUGCAGCUAGGACCAGGGUGAAUCUGAAUUGUGCAGCCAGCACCCCAGAACUCCUGGCCGACUGUAGAGUCUCUCGUUUUUUCAACUUUGAAUUCAUGUCCCCACACUUCAUACAGUUCUGUUUUUUGGACUUGACAUGCUGGGUUGUGGCAGGGCCUUAUUGAUCUCUUUUUUGCUUGCUGGCUAGACUGUAAAGUCUCUGAGGGUAAGGCUUCAUUCCCACGUAUUUAUUGAGCACCUACUGUAUUUUAGAAGGGCAAAUAUACCACAGUGCGAGUGAAAUUUAAACUGCAAGUGCCCGCACUUGCAUGAAGCCCUGUGAGGCCUGGGGCAGGCCCUGGUCAUAAACUCAUGGGCUUGUAUGAUUUUGUAAAACUUGCAAAUGUAAGAUCUUUAGUCACAGUUUAUUGAAACCGCUGUCUCUUCCUAAUAAUAUUGCAUGAAACUUCUCCUCAUGACAGGUGAUACUGGAGCGGCCAGGUCAGCUUCAUGGGCUUAGAGCCUGCGCAGUAGCCCAGGGUGCUCUGCGUGUUUUAGUGUUCUGUUGUCAUUGAAAUUCUGAAUAAGUUUUCAUUGCACUGGGCCCCACAGACUAUGUAGCUGGUCUGGCAGUGGCCAUGGGCAGUUGGACCAGGUUAAAGGGAGGUUGGGUUGGGGGUAAUUAGGAUUUAGUGUGAUAUAUACAUGGGGUUCGUAGUCACUUCCAUUCAUAGUUAAGUUCCUGCCAACUCUCCCAGUGGGGAAAUGGCUUCCAGGAAUUACCACCACACCCCCCCAAAACUGUGAUGGCUCACCCACAGUUGUGACACGUGAAACAGGGCCAGAGGCUCGUCACACGUGUCCUCUGAUGUGCAGCGCCAGAAAUGCCUAAGCUGAGUAAAAACAAAAAGCUGAGGCUCAGAGAGGUUACGUGACUUCCUUGAGGUCAUACAGCUGAUAAGUUGCAAGACCAGUUUCCCAUUUAGGUUUGACCUUUUUAAAGUUUGUGACUUUUUGCCCAUUGCUCUCUAGUUUCUGGAGCAAUGAGUCGUUUCCUUAGAAACAUCUUCUAAGACCAUUGGGUUAGGAGAUAGGCUCCAUAAUGCCUGCUGUUUCUUUCAGAGCCCACAUCACAAUAGUUUAACUACUAAAGUAAAUGUCAUUGUUAUGCUCCAUCUUCCUUGGAGGAAACCUUCUAUUUCAUUUGCAGCAUGGGGUCUUGGCAUGUAUAAUCAGUAUAAUCCUUUCAGUUCAGUUCAGUUGCUCAGUCGUGUCCGACUCUUUGCGACCCCGUGGACUGCGGCGCACCAGGCUUCCCUCUCCAUCACCAACUCCCGGAGCUUGCUCAAUCUCAUGUCCAUUGAGAUCCUUUGGGUCUACUAAUUUUCCGAGAUACCUUUGAGUGGCUUCUUGCUUCAGACAUUUUCUUUCUCACCUGUGCUCUUCCCCACGCCAAGUGGAGGUGGUGGUGGGGUCUGGGAACCACAAAAUGUUAGGCUCCGAGUUAACACCAGGGUGUGCCAGGGUGGUGCGUUUGGUGAUGGAGUGAUGUUAUCAUUUCUUCGUUCUCACCUGCAUAUGGCUGCCUGGUUCCCAUUCUAGGUACCAGGUACCCAGUUCUAAGGGGGUAAGGGUGCUGGCCACAUGCCAUGCAUGUAUCUAUUUCAUCGUCUUACGGUUUUGUAAACUGAGGCUUCUUAAAAUGGGGGAACACCUGUAUCCAAUUUUCCCUGGAAUGUACAACUGAGUUCUCUUAUACUCCUCAUUUCAAACAGGGUUUUCUGGAUAACACCAUCUGGGAAAUGUCACUUUGAUUAAAGUAAAUAUGCAGCACAGUUAACACCGGGAGCCUGUGUGAAUUUCCCUAAGUAGCCACAUCUUAGAGAAGCAGAAGGCAGCCGGCCCUUUGGGUUGGGAGAACUUAAGAGUGUCGCGUUCCACGCUUCGGUGUCAGCCGGGUGGCAGUGUGUGGCCGACUAAGCUCUGAAGGGUUUUGUGUAUUUUUCUUUUCUUAACAUUGGGCAUUUUUUUUUUUUCCUUUUUCAGUUUAUUUUGACAGUAAGAAAAAAAAUAUAUAAAAAUAAAAAACCGAGCUUUAUGAUUGCCAAGUUUUUCUUCCAAACUAAGAAAAGAAACCAGUUGUUGAAAAAUAUGAUGAAUGGCAUCCUUUGUUUUACUUUCAAUGCAGCACACGAGGGCACUGCCAUUGGAAUGAGGCCAGCUUCCCCAGGCAGGAGGGGGCCUGGGGCUGAAAGGAGACCCAGUGAUUUUGUGGGGAGCGGGUCAGGUUGGUGUGUCAGGAUUUCUUCUCAGCUCUCGCAAACAUCUCUUUGCUUGCUCACACGCCCACCCCUCCUCUCUUUCAGUCAUUCUUUGUGUUUUCAGCACUUGCUACUGACUAGGAUGUCGUCUGUUUUUAAGGAAACACCACUGGUACAAUGUGGGUCUUUCAGCCUUUAAGUUGUGGUUUUCGCAGCUUCCACAGCUACUGUGGGAUCAUGUCUGGUUGAGGGCAAUAGUCGGUUGGUAAUGUGUAAGCAAAACCCUAUGAUUGUUGGCAUUAUUCCUCCUUUAUUCUUGUCUUGUCACCAAGUGGUUUGGGAGAGCCAAGGGGCAGAGUCCUGAGUCAGCCUCAGAGCAGUCCCCUUCGGAGCUCCCUCUGACACCCACCCACAUGCUGGAAUUAAGGGGAAGGGCUGGGUAGGGAGGACCACACUUCACUCUCAAGGAAGCAAGGGAAAUGUCUCAGAUGCCUUCAAAGCAUCCACGUGUUUCCUAAGAAAUUAAAUCCAAAAUUGCUCUGUGGAUUUGGGUAAACCAUAACCCAGCAGAACCUGUGGUGUUUCCCCAAUUCGGAAGUCCCCUCUGAAAACUGUGCGUACCUUGGCUGGCAUAUUUAACUUCUCUGUUAUUAAUUUUGUUUGCAAGGAUGUUUUCCUCGCUAGACUGUGAGCUCUUUGAGACUGUUUGAUUCGCCUUGGUAAUACCAGUGCCUGGCAUGAGAAAAUCUUUGUCAAAUGAAUUCAUGUCCAAAUAACUGGAUUCAGAGCACUGAGAAUGUCAGAACUACUCGGCUGUUAAGCAUAGAUGGUUUAAUCGGUCAUCAACAGACUUGAGGUUUUGUUGCAUGAAGUUGAGUCACACCGAGGAGGUACAUUUAAGGGAAGGAACCAUUUGGAACUUCCGGGGAACAGAAAGUCUGGUUCAGUGUAUGUAUGAGGCCAGAAACAGGCUGGAGGCACUAAAAUCCUUCAUGAAGGCGCACAGGAAAGUGACUGCAAAUGCAAACACCUGACUUAACUCCCCACGGGAAGGUCAGCAGAGGGCAGAGUGUUAGUGUGAGUGCCUCCCACAUCCUCCUGUUGGCAUUACACUUAGAUUCAGACUGGCUUUUAAAUGUCCUGUAGAUCUGCUUGAACACUCUUUAAGGAAAAAAGAUGCCAGUUUCUGUUCUGUGGGCACCAGAUUGGAGCUUUUCUCCCCCUAUUUCAUUCAGCUAAUUGAGCUGUGCUGUAAGGUUCAGUAAUUUAUUCUAUGGAGUCUUUCUGUGCAAACAAUUGCAGGCUGAGGCAAAGAGACUUAGCCGAAUCUCUCCAACACUUGAAAUGCGGAAUUCAUGUUUUGGAAAACACCAGUGAGUCACUGUCCUCAAAUGUCAUCAAUAAAAGACAGUCUCCAUCAUCAGCUUUUCAUUAACUGAGCUCAGAGUUGCCUCUUCUCAUUGCCUUCUACAUGUUUACAGUAUCUCAUUCUUUCCUUGAUUCUGGAUUUUCACACCAUAUGGCCACAUCUCUAAGUCAUUUUUCAGCUGCUCUAUUAAAUAGUAAAAUGAGAUUCAGAACAGAUUUCUUUGAUUUUAAAAUAGCAUUUUGGGUGUGUGACUUUUUUGUAAAUAAAAAAAAUUAAAGCACUCCAAAGCAUGAAAUUUCAGGUAUUCCUAUCCAGACAGGGGAAGACAUAGCAUUUUACUUACUUAGAGUAAAUAUAUGUUUAUCUUGUGGAAUUUCAACUGCAAUAUAAAUUGAUUCAUUCAUCCUGCAUAUUGAAAUUCAUUUCUACUUGAUUUAGCCUCCACUAUUGCUAAUGAGCAUAGAUUGAAAAGGAAAUUGAAAGUAUAUCUUUUAUCACCAUUCAAUAUCAUAUUUCUCAUUAGAAAUGAUUGCUAAAGCUUAUGAGCAAACAUAGUACCUAUCAAUAAUGCUCUAUUGCAAUAAUUGUGGUUGUGAUUCCAAUAAAAUAAAAUGUAGGAUUUGUUUAUGUUUUACUUUUUUCUGUGAUACUUAGUGUAAGUAUCUUGAGAAACUGAAAAGGAAAGAGUUAUUACUGGUCACAUUUAGAUCUCACCAGUAUGGAGUUGAUUCAUGCGGCUAAAAGCAUUGAGUCCUACCAUUUAAUACAGCUUACUUUGUAAAGAAUUAGACAUUUUAAAGGCUAUUAAAUAUUUACUGCUUCUUUUUCUGAGCCAGAAGGGACAUUUAAGGGUAAGCAGAUUGGUUUUCUUUUGUUUUUUUAAAGAAUAGCACUUAAAAAAAAAAUCACUGCAUGAACAAAUUUUGUAAAAUGAGUAAAUUUGCCAUCGAUCCAGACUUUAGCAGCAGAGACUGUGUCAGUCACAAUCAGCUUAUGAGUAUGUGAUGUGGAAUCUUCAAUUACCCAUUAAAUCUAGACCUCAACUUGAAGAAAUGACUGACCUAGGGUUGAUUGUUUAAAGUUAAAACCAAGUGCACUCAACAUCCAGAAGGUCAAUAGUCUCUUAAUUAUAAUCCAGUGAAGUCAACUUUAAGAAGUAUAGAGUUUGUGAGCUUUAGAAAUAAAGUUCACAUGUUUUGACUCCGAUGGUGAUACUAUUUGCUAGAGAAAGAUGCUUCAGUUGAGAAUAAGUCCACUGAAUGAGUAUAUUUUGUUUAUCAAUAUUUUCUUAGUUCAUUAUUUAAUGUGAUACACAGGAAGGUAGCAAUUUGGAGCAACCGUUCUAAAUAAUUCUGGUAAAGUUAUGCUUUUUCUGAAUUACUUGGUAUAUUCAUUGUUUUUAUUGUCACCAUGAUGAGCUUACAGAAAACCUUAAAUGACAGUAACAAGAAAGUAAAAAAUUAUUUUUAAUCUGGUGUAAAAUAUUAAAAUUGCAGUCAUUUCCAUGUGUUCGAUUGUCUCUUUUUUAUAACAUAAAUCUCAAAGACAUAGGAAAUAUCACUGAACAUGCUGUGUACUAUUUCUAGAGUAUAAAGAUUAUCUUUAAUAAACUAAAAUUCAGAGGGCUUGUGUUUUCCACAGAGCAAAAAUUCUCACCUCUCAGCAUUUACUAAGCACCUAAAAGUUAUUGGUGGUAGCAAUAAUAUAGACCCAGUGCUUUUUCCUAAAAGCUUGAAAUUAAGAGAGAUGGCACUUCAACAGGUAAAAGAAGGGUGCGUGGCAAUGUGACACAUCGAUCAGAGCGACCAGCAUGCCCCAAAUUCUGCAUUUUCAGUCUGAACGUGAGCACGGAGGCCCCCUCCUUGAAGGAGACCCCAAAGCGGGGUUGGGAGAGGCGCCUGUCUGUUGUGGCUUUCAGGUCCUCGCCUGGCAGGAGGCAGUUUAUUCUUCUCAGAAGAGUGAUCUAUUCAGUAGAUAUUUAUCCAACGCCUUGUGUGUGUCAGGCAGUGUUCGGGAGGACGGAGCUGUGAGUGAGACAAGGCCCUUGCCCUCAGGGAACUUGCUUUCUAGCUGUUGUUCAGUCACUGAGUCGUGUCUGGCUCUUUGCAACCCCGUGAACUGCAGCAAGCCAGGCUUCUCUGUCCUUCACUACCUCUUGGAGCUUGCU